CAUCACCACCAAAUUGGUGUCAGAARAGUAAAAUUUUGAAUAAUUUUUUCUGAACCCCACGCUUACUCAAAAUGGACGAACAUCAUCAACCUGUGGAAAGAGAAUGUUGGUACCAUCAAACUUUCGGAGACUCUGCCAACCGAUGCCGUAGUCCAUGUCUACUUCGACAAAGUACCAACACCCAGCAUGAAUGACUAGAA